UCUUUGAGCCCCAAGAUGAACAUAAGACCUCGAAAUUCAUUCGCUAAAAGUUCUUCAGAGCAGCAUUUACUGCGGUUUUGCUUGUGCCAUUCAAUGUUGUCCACUCGGUUGAAUCCCUCGCUUGCUCCAUCCGCUCCCUCUAAGGGCGACGCAAACUUCAUUUUCGACAUCAAGAAUCUGCAAAAGAGAGCGGGGAUUAAUUUUGGUUACGUGAAAAGAGGCCUUGGUGGAGAUCUUGCAUCACGUUCCACUGUGCCAAACAAAAUGGUGGAUAAUGUUGAACCGACGAUUAACACUCUUCUGCAUGAUAAACAUUAUAAACACCUUCUCGAUGAUGUUCGGGGGGACGAGAAUCCUUCAUGUUUUCUGUCUCCACUGGAAACAGGAGAAGAUUCUCAAGACAAUUUUUUGCCGAGUGAUAUGAGGUCAUACGGCCAGCCAUUCCCGUACAUACCAAGUUCUCAGGCACCAGUGGAUUUGCCGACAUCUACCAGCCCCAAUCCCCCAGCUUAUCCACACAAUAUUCCACAAUCUCCUGGCCUUGUGUCAGUGCACAGGAACUCUUCUUCUAUAUCUCCAAUUAAUACUGCACAUUACGAGACUAGAUACUUUACUCUACAGUCUAGCACAUACAGUGAUGUCUCCACUCCUGGUACUCCAGCAACGUCAUCUCCCAACAUGGUGCACACCUUCAUGCACCCUUCCCGCUUACCGCAGAUUCCCAGCACCACAGAAUACCCAGGAGAAUUGAAUUUCCAGUUAUCUUUUGGCCCUCUGACUGAGUCAGCCUCCAAGUCUGCCACAUGGACUUACUCGGAUGUCUGCAAAAAGCUUUAUGUUAAUCUAAACAGUUACUGUCCAAUUAAGUUUAAGACAUCUUGUCCCCCACUACCUGGGACAUACUUGCGAGCUGUUGCGGUAUUCAAGGGCUCCACUAAUUUGCAUGAUGUUGUGAAGAGGUGCCCCAAUCACAUGGAGAAUUCCAAUGAUGGCUCUGCUCCAAAUGCCCAUUUCAUGCGGAGUAACAAUCCUGCCGCCCAUUACCACACUUGUCCUGAUUCAUCAAGACACUCCGUCAUUAUUCCUUACAGUGGCCCACAAGUUGGUACAGAGUAUGUUACCGAGAUGUUUGCAUUUAUGUGCUUCUCGAGCUGUGCAUCAGGGCCAAGCAGAAGGCCAGUUGAAGUUAUCUUCACACUCGAGAGGGACGGACAGACUCUUGGCCGACGUGUUGUGGAAAUUAGGGUGUGUGCUUGUCCAGGGAGGGACAGAAAAUCUGAUGAAAGGAUUGCAUGCGGUGAGCCUAGUUCAUCACAAGGAGCCAAACGCCCAAGAAAAGGGUCAAAGGGUCCUAUGUCAAAGAGAAGGAGAACAAGCUCAAGAUCUCAGGAAGAAGAGUUCACAGUUACCACAAAAAAUUAUCAUGUCUACGAGAUUCUGCUGGACAUGAAGGAGAAGCUGGAAGAGAAGUUUGAAAGUUGGAAUAUUCAGAGCCCAGAUCACUCAAUGGUUUUGAGUACAUCUGAAGACGAAGGUGAACAGCCGUCGACGUCCAGUAGUCCAGGGGCCGUGUACAAGAGAACGAGUCUUGCAUCCAUGUGAACAACUGAAAGAGCAGAGCUCCGCUAAAGUGCGUACACUUGCGAGCUCGAUAAACCAUUCUCAGUAAAUGUGUUAAAUGUGAUUUUUGUUAUGUUCAGGUUUUUUUACGUUAAUUUACUCAGGUGCUGAACUAUGAGUGAA